AGGGCCACAGGUGUAUAAAAUCAAGCACCUAGACAUGCAGACUGCUUCUACAAACAUUUGUGAAAGAAUGGGUCACUCUCAGGAGCAACAACUGAACUCAGUGAGUUCAAGCGUGGUACCGUGAAAAGUCUAUCCGUGCUACUUCCUUGCUACUAAAUAUUCCACAGUCAACUGUUAGUGGUAUUAUAACAAAGUGGAAGCAACUGGGAAUAACAGCAACUCAGUCACAAAGUGGUAGGCCACGUAAAAUGAGAGAGCAGGGUCAGCGCAUGCAGAAGUGCACAGUGCGCAGAGGUCGUCAACUGUCUACAGAGUCAAUAGCUAAAGACUUUCAAACUUUGUGUGGCCUUCAGAUUAGCACAAUACCAGUGCAUAUAGAACUUAAUGAAAUGGGUUUCCAUGGCCGAGCAGCUGCAUCCAAG